UGGUCAUUCAAACGCGUUUACGAAUAAUAAUUUAGAAAACAAUAUUCAAAUGACAAAUACACUAAAAUAUGCACUAAACCACGCACUAAACCUAAACCCACGAACUGUACAUAUUUGUGUAAAUAAAUAAAGCAUAAACAAACAGCGAAGAGAAACCUCGAAAUACCAAAAGACCGCUCAAGUUCCCAUACAUUGAGCUGGCCAAUCGUGUUUGAAAAUAUUUGUUUGAUCGAUUUUGUGCGGUGUGAACACCUUGCAAAGGCAUUUGCAAACCUAUUGCCAUAGCAAGCGAAGUGUGUUAAGCAGGGAAACACCCUCUGAAAAGUUUAUGUACUACCCCCUUCGAUCGGGCUAAUUUCACUGCCACAAGACAAGCGAGUUCAAUAUCUACCCCACUUGCCUUUCAUUUAGUUUGUGUUUACGUGCUGCUGACUAAUUGCGUUUAUAUAGCCCGACUAUAUACAACUGUACAAUAAGACACGGCCAACUGUUUUAGUUUGAACGCCUCAGUUAAAGCUGCAAAUUGCUUCGCUACCAAGUGAAGUUCUACAUUUUCGCAGCGAAAACGUUUUUCAAUUGAUUUUCAUUGAGUGAAAAAGUCCCGAGAUCGCCUUCUUUUCGGUUUCCAAUUGAUCGCAAUUGCACCAGACCCAUAAAACAUACGAAAAGUGAGCUGCAUUCCAAGUAGAGCAAGACAGUAACCACUUCAUCAUCACCACAUCAGAUGCUGCAUAAUUAGCAUUCGUUGUGCGGAGCGUCGAAAAAAAAGCGGAAAAUGUAUCUCAUACAGACUGUUCAGACCACUUGGCGGCCACAAUUGCCGCUGCCCAGGGAGCUUCAGCUGACCAAUGACCGGAACAGCGCCGACGACCACGAUUCAAAGGUGAUCACGACCACCACAACCACAGCGGACAUCCAUCACCACAACCACCAGGAGGAGGAAGAGGAAGAGGAUAUGGAUCGGCUAAGGGGCAAUCACAGCAUUGGGGGAUCCUCGCAGCAGCUUUCUGGCAAACAGAAAUGGUCCUUCGGGAGGCUUUUUCGCAAGAAAAAGGAGGCUGAGAGUGCCUCCUCCAGCGAGGAAGAUCGCAAGGCGGGAUUUGUGCCUGCCCAGCGUCAGUCAGGCAGCAAGCCGAAGGGAAAACAUGGCAAAGGAUCGCGAGGUAGCAGCAAAUUCGAUCACAUUGUGGUGAGUCCGCGGCAAGAGCAGGCUCCACCGCAUCCACCCCAACCGCAAAUCGACAAUGAGUUCUUCUUGCCUUUGGAGGCCAUACAACCGGAGCCCUACUAUCAAAAUCAGCCGGGCUACUAUCAGCGAUCGAGUAACUCGCUGGACAGGAGAUUACUAAUGCAGCCUGGGGCUCAGGGAAAUGGUUAUCAGCAACCCAAAUCUCGAUCGGCGCAGCGAGGUCCCAAGCCACCAGGAGCUCACUCCAGCGAGGAGGAACUGAUCUCGCUGAACUCCUCCACGUUCUCCAAAUACCGCAGCGAUGAGAGUAUUCAUCUGGGUUCCGCUGCUGGCCAAAGUCGACGUAGUCGAGCGGCCCGCAAUGAGCGUUACUACAAGAGAUUGUCCCGGGAUGGAGAACCAAGUCAUGGCGGAGCACCCAUUGUAGCCCAGCAUCGAUACAAGACCCAGCCACUGCCUUUAUCCAUCUACCAGCCAACGAACGCCUCCACUGGCUAUGUCCAGUGGCAACCGCAGCCCCAGAAGAACCUGCAGAAUGCGAUACAGAACGAUGGAAAGCGAAGCAUCAGCUACGACAGUCACAUACACCUGCAGAACAUGAAUGGCAGGAUGCAGAGUAAGCCAUUACCACCGCCACCGCCUCCAAGGGAUCCACUGAGGAGAGUGCAUAUUGGAGGUUCCGGGCAGAUUGGAUCCAGCUCUGGCGACCUGCGUCCCGUGUCCUACGCCUUCGAUCACAAUAGUCGCUGUGCGUCGGACGAUCGCAUUUGGCAGCCACCCCACUACCAGUCGGUGCAUUCACUCAACUCCCAGCCCAGUUCGUCAAUAGUCAGUGCACCAGUGAGUCAACAGCAACCACAUCACAGGAGAUUCAUAACUCGAUCCGAGAGGAACGCAAAUCCUGGCAAGCAAUCCCUGCCGAAUGGUAUUGAUUUCCACUAUGUGGCAGAUGCAACGCCACGCUCCAGGAAGCCGAUACACAUGAUGGAUGCAGGCAGGAUGGACAAUACAGGAGUGCCAGCAUCUAGUGGUAUAUUGCGAACCUCUAAGAGUGGGCUACCCACCCCAAGUCCCGCUCCCCAGCAUCCCUUGGCCAAACCGCGGUCGUUCUCCAGCUCGCGACUUAGUGAGCUACGAACCUAUCCCAUGCCAAUGUACUCCGAGGUGCAGAAACCUAAGAGGACUGCGCCACCAGUCAAUCCCUCGCCGAAUCAGGAUAACAUAGUGUGUGGGAGUCUGCACAUAAAACCCACUCAAGAGCAUGGAAACCAAAACUAUGUGGAGAUUCGUCAUCGGGAUGUGCACAAGACCAACUCAAUGCCGCACCAUUAUCAGAACAGGCGAUCUGGCGAGGAUUUACCCAACAAAUAUGAGGAGUACGUUGCAGAGAAGAGGGAGCAGCAUCAACAGGCACCUCCCCCAGUUUAUCCGGAGCGUAAAAUGAGCUUGACACCAGCAGUGGCACCACCGCCUCCUGUUUACUUCCCCCGCAAGAAGCCUGCUAAUUUGGAGGAGGCCAUCAACGAACUGGAGGCCAUUUACAAGUCUCUAGGACUCACUGAACCAGCCGAGCCCAAACAGGAGCCAAAGCUGGAUAUUUCCUCCAAGAUGCGAGUGCCAACUUCCAGUGAUUUUGAAAAGUUCGCCUUGGCGCAUGCUGAUGACUACGAGGAUGAAGAUUCGCCAACCGGAGAACCAGAUCCAAUCAGAGAUGAUGUGGCCUUCAGGAACCUACAGUUGGCCAAUCUGCAACAUCGGCCCUCGGAGAAGCAGCCUCCAUUCGGCAUCCCAGUGGGACCCAUUGUGCCUGCUCCACAGUCGGAUUAUCUUCACGUGGAGCCAGUGAGGGUUAAGAAGAAGAGUGGCUCUCCUGACAUCAUUAAAGAUGAUCUGGCUGUGCGUUCAUUGAGAAAGGAUCCUCCUGGUCCCAAAUCCAGCUUUGUCUACCCAAUGCAAAAGAAGCAACGGGCUAUUCGAACCCAAUCGGCCAACAUAUACAAUCUGAUCCAAAGAGACGCUGCGAAACCAUCUGGUGGAGAUCUCAAGAGCUACAUGGAGCUUACUCGCAACCUUGAAAGAGCUGGCAGCAUGUCCAACCUGCAGGGUGAGGAUGGCAGUGAUACCAAAGAUGUACCCGCCACACUGGAUCUUCUCCGAAAGUUAAAAGCUCAGGAUGAGGAACUGGAUUUGGCUAGAAAGCACCACCCCAUACCGUUUAGGCAUCCCAGUCAGGGAGGAGCUAUUGCCCAGCUGCCAGAGCGGUUGUCCAAAGAGGAAACACCCAAGGCAGCGCCUGUGCCAGCUCCCCGAAAGAGUCUGACUCCUGAACCCAUGCUAGAUGAUGCUCUCAACAAGAUUGCCCAGGAUGCGCAGGCCAGCAGCAUUAAGUUAAGUCAGGAACUCCAUGAACUUCGCAAGGAGGCAUUGAUCACAGCUGCGAGACCAAAGUUGAAUGCCGAGCAACAGAGAUUAGAGGAUGAACUGCAGCAGAUUGAAGCCGUCUCCGAGGCAGCCAAACGUUGUGGUCAAAUGCUGCUCGAAACUCUGCCAGAUGCGGGACAGGAGGGUCAGGAACCUCAGGAUAAGCCCCUCAGGAAGCUACAUAAGGAAGGCAAACUCAUCCGAGCUAUCGAUGAGGUGUCCGAAGCUGCUAAUGCGGUCUGUGAGAAGAUCCUCAAGGACAUAGUGACCACAGAACCACCGGUGGUAGUUCAGGAGGCCCUCCAAGUGAGGCAGACCACAAAGACUGGACCAGGCGGAGAACAGUUGGUGAUGCCGCAUCUUAUCAAGAAACUAGAUCCCUUACAAUCCGACAAGAUCGAGCACAUUGCCAGACGAUGCAUGCGGCAGUUGAGCGAACUGGCCAACAAUCCGGACUACGACAACCUGGCCACCUGUAAUAUGAGCAACCGCACCACCAGCGCAACGGGUGGAGCAGCCGCUGAUGCCACUCUCGUUUGUCCCGUUCCAGAGACCCAAGCCAAGAGCCAGACGCUCGAUGAGAUUGACAAGAUCAUGCAGGAGUGCGAGCGUCAGGCGAAGAGCAGCAGCUCAACCACAACCACCGAUGAUCAGCGCACCACCGCCCCCAGUCUGACGAGUGGGAGUGGCAGCGGGAGCUUCCCACCCAAUGUGAGCACCACCGCCAGUUCGUUCAGCUCAAGCAGCGACUGUUUAGCCAAGUCGUCGAGUCCCUCGCGUGCCAGCCGUCCGCUCUCCUCGAGCAUCACCUCUUUCAAUCCAUAUUCCUCCAGCGACUACAUCAAGUCGCAGAGCAGUGAUUGCCAUGCACCAAGCACCGAUCCGAUCAAGACCUUUAGCACCACCUCGUACGAGGUGCAGUCCACACCGCAGAGCACCACCAUUAGCACCAAUACGAUGAGCACGAGUCAGAGCAACACGAUCAGUAGCACUACUAAUCCGAGUGUGGAGUCCAAGCCAUCCGCCCCGUCGGUAUCGCCACCACCCCUGCAGUUGACGCCAGUGGGUGAUCGGAGGGGCAGGAACCGGGAGCGGGGAGCUUCCUGCUCCUCCACAUCCUCACCUUCACAGUACAACUCGAGCGAGGAGCUGGCCGCCAUUUUCGGCAUCGAGGAGCAACCGAAACAGCAGCGUCGCAGCCGGCUGACGCGUAAUGCCACAGAAACCAUUGCGGCCUCAAGUGACUUAUCCACAGCACCUGCCACUGCCAAGACCAGCUGCCAGCCACCUGAGCCACUGAAACAGAAGCCACCGCAGCAGCAGACCACCAAGGACUCGGAGGAUUCCAGUUCACAGAAGAGUGCUCCAGUCCAGUCGUAUCGUGGUCAGCAUCCGCACUUCCACCACCACACCACGCCCGCUUACUACACGGAUCUCCAGCUGAGGAUCCACACGCCGAACGCAUCGGAUGUGGGCGCCUUAAACGAGAACUAUCGAAGUGUAUACAGUACUCCGAGCACCCAGCUGGUGGAACAGCGAUCGUUUCCAAAGAGCUCCACGGCCACGAAGGAUCCACCGCUGCCCAUAAGCAAUCCGGCCAGGGGAACAUUUUUUCGUGGCGACUCUGCGUCCAGCGACAGCCACUCAAGACUCCGUCGGAGCCAGCAGAGAACCGGCAGCGAGGGACGCUUCUUCAGAUACUCUCAGGGAUCUGCGAGCCCUACCAAAGGUGAACCUCCAAUCGGCCACGAAGGUGGUGAGCAGCCACCCGUUGUCGCCAGUCACUCCCCCAUCACAUCCACCAGCACCACCACCAUCAGUAGUUGUAACCCCGUAGAGCAGGCUAGUCCACCACCAACCGUAGUAAAUCCCAGCGGAUCCGGUCGCAACAGCCGGCACAAGCAGCGUUUCCACAGUCGAUCACGUCGAGCGGUGCGCGUGCGCAGUGAAUCGCGUCCGAUUAGCGCCCUCUAUGACAUAAUAUGCAAGGAGAAGAACCUGGAAAACAGCAGCAGCAGCAGCAGCAGCAACGAGCAGGAGAAGAAAAAGGAUCAGGAGCAGCCUAAGGCCACAACCGACAAGCUGGCGACCUUUUGGCCCCUGCACCAUCACUACCUCAAUCCCCCGAUGAGCAGCGGCAACUCGGGCGGCAGCAGUGGCAAUCCCAAGCAGCAGCAGCAACAGCAACAACAGCUAGAGCAGCUUGGACACCAGACACAUCUUGUGCUAGGAGCAUCCAAGGAGUUGCCCGCGGGCAGCAGCAGCGAUGAAGAGGGAUGCCUGCGGAAUCUCCACUCCAGUCGCAAGGUGACCAAUCUGAAUGCCAAGGCCACCUCUCUGCCACCCGAGGAAGGACUCUCGGGUGAUGUCUCCCUGGAGUCGUCCUCCAACCGACUGAAUCUGCGACUGGCCAGGAGCCUGGAGCCAUCGGUCCGCAAUAUCACUGCAUCCGCCUCCAAGGAAGUACAGAGCUACGAUGCUGGGGAGCCUGUGAAUACCAAUCGAUUGUUUGUGGAACCGCCCAAGAUACCACUGUCUGCCAUCCGAAACACUCUUGACGAUCACGACCUGGAUAUUGAGGAGUGCGACAGCACCACCCAGUUCGAUCAAGGGGAUGUCUACGAUACCCUGGAACGCUGGAGCCAGGGGGUCAGCUUGGGGGCACAUCUAUUGAACGGCGCGAAUGGCUACGAUCAAUCUGAUCCCGAGGCCGACCAUCAAACCGAUCAUCAGCAUGCACAUCAAUCAUUGCCAGUAGAACCCAAGUCUCAUCACCAUCAGCACCACCAGGCCACCAAUGCGCGCAGAUUCAUAACGCGCACCACGCGUUCCGCCAGUCGCCAGAGUUCCGCCGGACACUCCCCACCUCCGCCGCUGCAUCGCAGUGACGACUCCUCCAGCAGUUCACCCUCACCGACCCGCAGACGGAAUAAGCCAGGUGGUGCUCCUGCCGCCACCGAUCCACCAUCCUCGUCGGCGAACGGGAAUAGCUCCGCUUAUGAGACGGCAGCCACAACUGUGAUGACCCAUGACCAGCAGCGAGAUCCUCCAGUUGAAGUUCCUAAGGCUCUAACCGUCGAGCCACCGCAGCCAGAAGACAUCGUCCAGGGCUCCUGCCCCACUGCAUCUGCCCACUCAGCAGACAGCCAAAGUCGAGGAAAAGCUGGCAAAUGCAGUAUUAAUUGCACCUACAGCCACAGCCACAGCACCAACAACAACUGCAACGCGCGACAACGCAACAGCAGCAACAGCAACAACACCAUCAGCAGCAACAGCAGCAGCAGCAAAAGCACUUGCAACAACAAUAGCAAACAGCAACACGCCACGCCCAUGCCGCCCCUAGCUAAUGCCAACAAAGCCCCGUUAAUUGUGCUUAAGACAGCCGCAUCUGCAGCAGCAACGUCCAUUGCCGCAGCAGCAACAUCUGCUGCUGGUUCGCCCGUCAAGCGUCGCAAGAAUCCGCUGUCGCCGCUGCUCCUCGGCAGCCAGUGCCAGUCCACCAUUGCGCCUCCGCAGGCCAUUGCCAGUCCGCUCAUGAGCGGCGGCAGCUGCUCCUCCUCGACCACCUCGCCCCAAUCCUCGCCAGCGGUUCGCACCACCAAGGCGAGUCGUCUGCGCGCCGCCGCGCUUGAUAAAAAGAAGGAAGAGGAGCAGCGCCAUCGCUACAGUUCGCCCGUUUCGCCAAGAGCCUCCAGCAACGGAGGAGUCCAAGCACAACGUCGUCUUAGCAACUCGGAGCUAUCGCCCAAGUCGCCAGGUGCCAGUGGAUUCACUUCGGAGCCAGUCGCGUCAGCCACAGCGAACAAAGUCCCGGCGAGAUCUGCCUCCCAUCCUGUGGACACACCGCCCACACAAAGGCGACAACCUUUGGUGGCCGUGAGUUCGGGCGUCUCCAUGAAGCAGAGUCUCAGCGAGCUGCACUUCACGGGUGGAGCAGUCAGUCCGCCCAAGGCUACGGCGGAAUGCACUCUGAGGAUGCGGCCACGUAGCUCCACCAUGAGCACCGAGGACACGGAGAACGGCCGACGUGACCACUUGGCUAAUCUGCAAUUAAGUCCCGUGCAAAAGCAAAAGCGAACGCCCGAAGUAUCACCACGCCGUUUGGGAGAUCGCGACAAGUCGGCCAAACGGAAAUCGAAUUUGAAUCGUUCGUUGACCGAGGAAGCCACCAAGGAUGGCGAUGAGGUUGCCUCCUCCACCCGCCGACGCCGACGUCGUGAACUGGGAAUGGCUCGUCCCCUGGUUCCUGGCGAUGAUGACGCCCUGAGAGAUUUGCUAACGCCGCAGAAGAGUUCCUGCAGCGAGUCAACCAACUCCAUAUCCGAACCCCAUCUCCAGUUCAUACCAACCGUUCGUCAUCCGGUGGUUCCAGUACGCACCAUGACUGCUGUGCUGCCUGCACCACGACCACUGCAUACUCCUGCGGCCCGCAACGUCACCCAGAAGUUCAAUGAAAGGACCAAAACGGAUCUGGCCGAGAUCAAGAAGAUUGCUGAGCAAUCGGAGGCGCAGCUGCAACAGCCUUCGGUGGAUGAGAACCAGAAAAUGUCAGCCAUAAUGCGCAGGAAGAGCACGGAUGAGGGUGGAGCCACUUUGGGGGCAACAAACCAGAAUUCACCACCUGCCCCAAACCAAAUUGUAUCCAUACUGAAGAAGAAGGAACAUGGACUUGGAGAGUGCAACUCCAGUGCUUCAAGCAAUCCCUCGCCGGUGACCUUUUCUUCUAGCGUGGUGGAUCAUCCCUUGGCUGGAGCUGGCCGCUGCAAACGGCAGGGAAUACUCAAGAAGAGAUCGAGUCUAGAUGAAUCGCGCUACUACUCCCGUUCGCAUUCACCCGACGAACGUAGUAUUCUCAUCAAGUCGGCCAGGAGGAAUUCCCUGGAGGAGGCGGGCACUGGAUUGAGUCCGGCUCAGGCUCAUGGAAUCCUCAAGCAGAGCAGCUACGACAGCAGCAAGAGCGACGGCUGCCCUUCGGCCACGGAGAGCCAGCCACACAGUAUCCUGAAGAAGAAGGACUCGCUAUCAACACCUUCGGACGGAGGAUGCCACAAGCAUGUUUCUAUAUCGCAAGCUGUAACUUUGGCUGCUGCUGAACUGGCUGCCCAUGAUGGAAUCACCUUCGAUGAUGGUGAGGAGCAUGAGAUACGACCGAUCCUAAAGCAGGAGAGCACCUCCAGCGAGGAGGCUGUGCGGCCGCCAAAGCCCAUACUCAAAAAAAAAUCCUUUGGCGAGGCGGAUGAACACGAAAUACGUCCUAUAUUGAAGAGCUCUCGUAAAAGCAGUCGAGAGGAGUUCGAUUUGAGUGGCUUGGAAAACGAGGUCAACGAUUCCCUAUCGUCAAUCCUAAAGACAGACUCGCCGUCCAAGCGUCGGUCGCUCGGAUCAGCUUUGCAUGAUUUGGAGGAGUCCACCACUUCUCCAAGCUUGCUAAAGAGGCGCACCCGUUCGCUGGAACGUCAAGAUGUCCAGCCUGGUAUGGAUUUGGCAGCUGCAUUAGAUGCCAUUGCCACCUCGCAGGCUGCUCCCAGCACCCCAGUGGACUUCGUAACCACACCAACAAGUAUAUCGGUGGCGGAGCGGAUCAAGCGCAUGGAGAUGCUGUCGACGCCCACUUCCCGUGCGGCGGGUGGGGCCAACAGCAGCUGGGAAUCGCCACUGCAGGCAUCGUCAGCGGAGCAUGGAGCACCCACCACCCCAAGGGUUCUCAAGCCAAGUGUGCUGCGCAGGGAUUUGCAGAGGGAGCGGUACAAAACGCAACCCGUGACCAACGAGGAGAUGAGCUUCUUCAAAGCCAACUCCGCGCCCUUCGACAUCUCGGCCACAUCGGCCUUCAAACCCACCAAGCCGCUGGACAUCCGCUUGACCCACGCACCGCACCCACCGCUGAUUUCCCCGAUCACCGGACAGCCACUCAGCCACGUGCCCGCGCCACUGCUGUUAUCCUCGUCGACGAACUCGGGAGCGGGAUCCUCGUUCCGCCUGGCCCGCAGCUCCACCCAACCGCUGCAGUCGCCGCGAGUUGUCCACCUGGCCGGUCAGGCUACUGGUGGCUCCGCUUUGGCACGACAGAACUCGGUGAACGACAGCAUCAACCUCAGCGAGCAGCUAACCCUAUCCAUCGGCACGGACAGCGAGCACAUCUUUGAGAUGUCCGCUCUGGAGGAGGACUCGGCCAUCCAGUCGCUGAGCGACGAGACAGCCGCUUCCGCAUCUGCCAACUCAACCUCCGCGACCACCGCAACCACCAUGACACCGCCCAGUGGCCUCACGCGGAGCAACAGCGUUCGGGCCAGGGCCAAUAUGUUCCAGCAAUUGCAGGAGCAGUCGCGCAACCAACGGGCAACGGGAUCCUCCACCACCCGUCAAUCUCCACCAGCGUCAUCGGCGGAGGUGUCUUCAAGUGCAGCCGGCAACUCCAUGCAGAGUGACGAGCAGUCCACGCCAAAUGCAACGAUAGAUGCGGAAUUCGGAAAACCUAGCACCGAACCACUUAAGAGCAUUCUUAAGACGGGAAUGCCAGUGCUGGGUAUGGGACGCGGCUUAAUGCCCGUGGACCUCAAUGCCGAGCUGAAGAACCGGCUCAAACGCUCCACACAUGCCACUGUUUCCAAUCUCCGCAAGUCUGCAACCUCGGCAGAUGCCACUAGAGCAGCUAGUGAUGAGGUGGACAAUCCACAGAGGAAUCUAGCCCAGAUCCUGAGGAACGUUUCGGAGAACUCCACGCCGAAGCACGAUGAUGCCGUGAACCUGGUGAGGAAUCUCUCCACCUUGGGGCAACCUCGAUCGCUGGCCCGUGACGAUGCAGCCGGGAAUUGUGCCUCGGCAUCCGAAGGCGAGAGUUCGGGGGGCCGCGAGAUCGAGGCCAUAAUCAAGAACAGCGCUGUGGCCAGACGUCGCCGGCAGCAACAGCAGCAGUCGCAGCAGCAGAAUCAGCCAGAUGGCAAUCUCGUUGCGAAAAGCAAGAGCCACUCGGGCAUAUCAGCACCCAUCGGCCUUGGCCCCCAGCUACCACCCCUUCCCCUCGGCGGCGGCUUCGUUAAGUUGCGUCAUGUAGCCAAGGAGGAGGACACCAGUAGCAGCAGCACCACAUCCUCCGCCAAGGAAUCGCCAGAUAAGAAGGAUCUCGGCCAGGAGCAGGCAGAAGCUUCGGGAGACUCAUCGCACCCAACGGCUCUGCCGCAGUUUCUUCAAGGCGUCCAACGAUCAUCAACCGAAGUCAUGGGCCCCGAUCAGCGCUCUUUGGUGAUUUCGAAGACCGGCUCCAUUGCGGAGCGUUUGGCGGCACUCCACAAAAGUGGCGAGGACGACUGGAAGAAGCGCAUUUCGAAGCGCGACGAAGUCGACGAUGUGCACCGUGAAAACUUCGUAAACGAAUCGCUAUCUUUGGCCCACUCGCUGUCGGACAAACCACUGCCCCCAUCACCUUUGAUACCCACCAGCUUGGAGGGCGGCAAGGUCUCCGAUCGUUUGAGCAAACUCAAGUGCAACUCGGAGAACUGGAAGCAGCGCAUAGAGCAAACCGACGCCAAGAAGUUCACAGUCGCCGGUCGACUGCAAAAGAAGGCCCAAUCCCCCGUGGAUCUUCAAUUCGAGCGUUCUGCCAAUGAUGCGGCCAAAAAGUGUCCCAUGCUGGAGGUGCGCAGCGCCAAUCAGCCGCAGCUUGGUCUGGCCAAGAGCCCCUCCAUGAUGGUUACCUCUAGCACCGGCACCAACAGCACCAGCAAGAGCGCACUCCGCAGCCUGAGCGUGAAUCCCGAGGAGGAGGGACCCACCAGCCUGAGUCGCUCCAACAGCAGCAGCUCGGAGUCCGAUGGAGAGCACAACUCCCCCCAGAAUGCCAAGCAGAACAAGGAGCUGGCCAACAACAAGAGUGCCGCAGCACCCACCAAUGUGGGAGCCAGGAUUCAGGUGCACCGGCUGGACGACAAGGAAACUUUCGAGAACUUCUUCUCCUCCAAGCCGAAGAAGGAGGAGAACGUUGAGCUGGAGAUCAGCGCCUUCGAUGACAUCAAGCCUACUGAGCGCUUGGUAAGCAAGCGACACGUACAGGGGCCCAAGGGUCGACGGGCUGCACGCAAUCCUCUCAAGAGUUUAGCUGCUCGUGAUGACAUUAGCUCCGAGUACACAGAAAUGAGGUCGGGCAUAGCCGAGCGAGAACUACGGCGCCUUAAGCUGGAGUCAUAUGGUCAUAAUGCCAACUUGGCUGCAGAGGCUAUAGCCGGAUUGGCCUCCGUCGAGGACUUCAAGUCGGUGGCACUGCGCUCCUCGUCAAUUCCACUGCAGCAGAUGUGGCUACCCCACAAGCCAGUGAUGUUACUCCAUGUUAAGGGGCGCACACAUGUCCAAACCCGACUGGUGGAACCCGUGCACACCUCCCUGAACCGUGGUGAUUGCUUCAUCCUCGUAGCCGGAUCGCAGCUUUUCCGCUACGUUGGAUCCUUCGCCAACGUGAUUGAGAUCUCCCGGAGCAAGAAGAUCUGCGCUGCCAUUGUGGAAAACAAGGAUCUCGGAUGCACCGCUACCCAGGAGGUGAUCCUGACCGAUGGCAAGUAUUUAAAGGAGCGCCAGUGGCGUCAAUUCUGGCAGCUUUUGGGCAAAAAAGAGGAUGAUCAAUCGGAUAUAGCCGAAUGCGGUCAUGCGGAUGAAGACGACGUGUUCGAAAGCAGCCUGAUCGAGACUAACAAGAUCUACGAGUACCAGGAUGAGGCGCUCAUUCCGUUGGAGAAAUUCUGGGGCUGCAUCCCCAAGGUGGACAUGUUGGACACGCGUAAAGUUUUGGUCUUUGACUUUGGCAGCGAGUUGUAUGUGUGGAAUGGCAAGAAUGCCCCUUCGGAUGCCAAGCGAGCUGCCAUGAGAUUGGCCCAGGAACACUUUGGUGCUGAGAAUUCGGCAGAUUAUGCCGACUGCUACUUGAAUCCUCUCAACUAUGUCGCUAUAGUGGGUCGUCGUGAGAACACUAAGUAUGCCAAAAGGUGCGCUCAGCGUCCAGAAUGGUGUGUUCUCGGCAAGAUCACCCAGAACAUGGAGACGGUGCUAUUCAAGGAGAAGUUCAGUGACUGGCCAGAGAUAGAACGCGAGGAUCUAGAGAAGGAUUACCUUUCAAACGGAGUGCAUAUGGUGCGUGCUUUAAACGGCACCGCUUUGCACAAAGGAGAACCCUACCAGGAACCGAAUCUGGUGCUCGAGCAGGCCAACUUGGGGCGUGGCAAUUUCUACUACGAUACGGACACUAUGCGGCACUUCGAUGUUAUCACUAAGUCUACGGACAAAUGGCAGAUUCACGAGUUCAACUUUGAUGCCGCUAAUAAUCGCGACGACUACGGUCACUUCUACUCGGCGGAGAGCUAUAUAGUGCGCUGGAUCUAUCAGAUUUCGGUCACGGUUCGCGAACUCAGUGGCAAGGUGUCGAACAGGAGCACAGUGGGUCGGGACAGGUGUGUCUAUUUCACCUGGCAAGGACAGGACUCUAGUGCCAACGAGAAGGGUGCAGCUGCUUUGCUGACUGUGGAGUUGGACAAGGAGAAAGGCGCACAAAUGCGGGUGUCGCAGGGAGAUGAGUGCACAGCCUUCAUCCGUCUGUUCCGGCAAAUGUGGCAACAUCGUGGACGCAAGGAGCUAUGUCUGGAGAGGCACAGCGAGUGGAGACUCUACCAACUGCAGGGCAACGUCAGCGAGGAGACCAUCAUCAAGGAGGUCGUCUGCCAGUCCAGCCAUUUGCGAUCACGCAGCUCCAUGCUGUUAAUUCACGGCAGUGAGGGAAAUGUGAUUGUCUGGCAUGGAUCGAAGAGUGCUCCUCAUACGCGUAAUGUGGCUGUAGGGGUUGCUCAGGAUCUGAUCAAGACGGUGCCUAAAGAUCUCUUUAGCGCCGAAACUGCCAACCUAACUGAGGUGGAGGAGGGUUCCGAAGACGAUCAGUGCAAGAAGGCCUUAGGAUUGAUGGAUGAAAGAAAUGAAUACGGCAGCCUGCUUAAGGCCACCAAGUCCUUUGAUUACCAAAUAAGGAUCUUCAACUUCUCCAGCACCCAGGGUGUUUUUAAAGCGCUCGAACUGAGCGAUCCGCUGCGCUGCCAGGAUCUGCACAGUCCGUAUCCCUUCAGCCAGUCUCAGUUGUACAAUGCAAGGCAGCCGAAUAUCUUUUUGCUGGACGACGGCGAUGAGUUGUGGCUCUGGAUGGGAUGGUGGCCUCUGGAAGAUGUUAAGAUAAACACCGAUGAGCGAAGCAGUCCCACCAAUGACAAUCGCGCUGGAGUAAAUCGCUGGAUCUCAGAGAGACGUGCAGCCCUCGAGACAGCCGUUGACUAUUGGCGUGCCAAGCACGGCGAGAACGAGAAAGAGCCCUUCCAUGGCAUCAAAGGCCAGGUGGUGUGGGCAGGCCUGGAGCCACUGGCCUUCAAGGCGCUAUUUCCCGAUUGGACAGAACGUCCGGAUGUAAGGGAAAUCAACGAAGAGGAUGGGCGAACUGAUGCUUCCAUAUCGAUCGGCACAAUGCUGGCACAAAUGACGCAGACCGAGUAUCCCCUGGAAGUUCUGAAAGCCCGACCCCUGCCCGAAGGUGUGGAGCCCACCCGCCUGGAGGUCUACCUUAAUGCUGAGGACUUCCAGGCUGCACUGGGAUGCAGCCGGGGGGAAUUCGAGCAGCUGCCCAUCUGGAAACAGACCAAGCUGAAGAAGGAACGAGGGCUGUUCUAGGAGAGAGGCAGGCACAAUGCAACUUUAUAGACUUGAACACAAUCACAAAACACAAACAAGGCACUUUUAUAAGCACUUUUUGUAGGCGGCGAUGCUUUUGCAACGGACACAGACAGGCCUAUUUAGUAUAGCAUAUACACACGUGCGCAUAUCCCUAUGUACUCUCUAUUUUACACAUAUUACAUAGCCUUUAUAUAUGUAACGACUACUAUGCAAGUGCACGAUGCCAGGCAAUAAAUUUCAACUCGCUUCAUUCGGUAGCUGUGCGGAGUUUCGAGUUCUAUUAUAUCGUAUACCUGUACAUAAUAUUAA